AUGGCGGCUGCGGCCUUGGUGAGGUCGGUGGCCCGGCAGUUAGCCUGGCUUCCGUCCUUGCAGUGCGUCCGCCAUGGCUCCAAAGCAGUUACCCGUCAUAAGAAGGCUAUGCACUUUGAGAGGCAAAAGAUUAUGGCACUUACAAAGUAUAUCCCACCUAAACCCUCCAACGACAAGUGUUUCAAGCCAAAGCUUAAACCGGAAGACACUGAAAAGGAGAACUUAUACGAACAAUUUCUGUAUAACCAGCUAAGUGCGGUUUUCCAGGACAGUAAGAUGAUUGCAGUAUUCCAGCGCAAUUCAAUCAGAUCAGAAGACUUUUUACUUUUUCGACACAGACUAUUCAAGCAUAACGUUCAUAUUAAAAUUUUUCCUAAUCAGGUUGUUAAAAAGGUUCUGGUCCAGUUCCAACUCCAAGGCCUGCUGCCAUUAUUUAUUGGACGUACCUUUCUAGUGGUGAGUCCCCAGCCAAAGGUGAAGGAGAUGAUACAGGCUGCAAGGGCAGUGCCACAAGUAGUGCUUUUAGGAGCCUGUGUUGAAAACAAACUGAUGAGCCCACAAGGAAUGGUAAUUUAUUCCAGGCUGCCUAGCAAGGAAACACUGCAGGGCCAGCUUGUAGGUACACUGACAACAAUGACUUCUCAAACAUCUUGUUUGUUGACACAUCAUUCAUCACAUCUGUCCAAGCUGCUGGAGCAGCACAGCAAGGAGGAUGUCAAGAGUGACUGA